AUGGCGAGGUCCGCCCAAAACCAGUCGCGGGCGUCGGGUAUAUCAGAGCUUCUCCUGCGCCGCGAUGGGCACUCCCGACCGGCGCCGCCUCGCCCCUGGCCGCUCGCCCCUCCGCCGCACGACCGCCCGAAGCCCUCGGCCAUGCUCCAGACGUCCAUACCCUUGGUGCUGACAGGCCUCAUCGGCUUGUCUGCCUGUCUGCCUGUUACCGACCAGGCCAACCAACGCAACGCCCUCUACCCGUUGGUCCGCGGGUCUGACCGUACAAUCCCGCUCUCCAAGAUGCGUCCGUACAGAGUCAGAAAUGAUGACAAUAUAAAGUGCACGGGCGAGGGCUUCUUCGCGCACCCGAAGAACUGCUCACAAUUCUACCGCUGCGUCGACAUCGCGAACACGGGCAUGCACAGCACCGUCUUCUUCGAGUGUGCGGCGGGAACCGUGUUCGCGAAGGAACUCGAAACGUGCCUGCCCGGAGUCUGCCUCAACCAGCCGCCGCCACCACAAGGGCCGCCCUUGAAGGAUCCCAUGUCCAUGAUGCCGCAAUGGAACCCUAGCCAGAACUCGACCUCGGGUUCAACUGACGACACGCUACCGCCUUCGCCGCCGCCUCCUCCUCCUCCUCCUCCUCCUUCAACGUCCUCCUCGACGGCCGGUACUAUAGGCUCUACAUCAGUCCAGAUACCCAUCGAAGCGCUACCAAUGCCAGCCUGGUUCAACUCGACCCCUUGGUGGUACAACACACCCCCAGCGUGGUUCAAUCAGACUCCUGACUGGUUUAAGCCGAGCAACGCUCAAAUCAUAAGCGAGGAGAUAGUGAUAGAGGAGGAUUUGCUUCGUCCUGACCUCCAGGCUGUAGGCCACCAGGGAAAUUUCUCGGUAGAUGGUAUUGACGCCAGUCUCAGCAAGGACAACAAAACGAUUAAGAUCCACAUUCCAAUAAAGAUCGUGCAGCAGUAGUGACGAAGACUGGCACUGGAAUUUCAACUCAAGAUGCUUUGACUUCGAGGAAAACAAAAUACUUUAGUCCUUUAGAGAGAGUCUGGAAGUUAUUACAUAUAUGCUCACUGUUAUUUAUUUAUAGAAUGAGACCUGUGAUCUGAGUAGAUAUAUGCUCUGUGUGUGUGUGUGUGUGUGUGUGUGUGUGUGUGUGUGUGUGUGUGUGUGUGUGUGUGUGUGUGUGUGUGUGUGUGUGU